CUUUGAUUGUCCUUUUUUGCGUGUUUAGUUUGACAUUUGUAUCCUCUUUUUGAAGUAACUCAUCUUACAAAUGUCCAAGUGUGUCAACGAGACACUAUUUCUUCUGAUAAAUCAAUCGCGCAUCAUCAAUUAAUCUACUCGCCUAGUACCUUUUUGGCAAGCACCACUUUAAUUAUUCAAUUCUCGUUUCAACUCAUCACUGCUCUCUUUCUUCUGCCUUUUUCAAAAUCUGCUACUCUUACAAAAGGACACUCUUAAGUGCCGCCAAUUGAUCCUCAGUUGCAACUCUUUCACAACAUAUUUGCUGUGAUUUCACAACUGAAGUGAUCCACUAUGACCUGACAUAUUUGGAUCCUCUUGAUCGCCUCUGAACAGUUUCAUUUUAGCCAUUUCAUUUUUCACCAAAUACUCGUUACUCCUCUGCCAUUUUCUUCACUUCGUGUUGAUGAAAUCAUCAACUGCAAAACAACAACAAAAGUCGCAAUCAAACAGGCCAUCGAGCGAACCUUGUGAAAAAGAUUCAUCGAGCUUAAAUCGCCUUCAGUCUCAGAGUGCGAGUCAGGUUCAUACCACCAUAUCUUCAGUAAGCGACCACUACCCAAAUUGGGCAACCUUACUAUUGUAUUACUCAGCAUUCAAUUAUUGUAGAGCGAGUGGAGAAAGCCAAUCGUCAAUCAGUUGGCGAAAUAAUAGCAACCUCUUAGAUCCUCGCAAGCAACCCAAUUGCGAUCUCGAAUCGCAAUCGGUAGCAGUGGUCGAGACCACGUUAUCUUCUUCAAAGUCCCAAUCCCUCAAACCGUGUCAAAGACACAUCAAACUAGCAAACACACACAAACAGCACCCUCAAACACCAAUCGGCAGCAGCCAAGCCUCAUCAAGUUCCACAUCACAAAACUCAACUGUGACUACGGAAGCUUCCUACAAGGGUAAAGAGUUGUACAGCAGUUCGAAAAUGACCAUUAGUGGUAUGGCCGUGAACGAACCCCUAGGAGUGCUGAAUAAAACAUCGCCAAACCCCAAUUUCGGAAUGCACAACAUUUCUGCACAGCAGCUAAUGGCUCAACAGUUGAUGUCCGCCAAAACAUCUCCAGGGGCUCAUCAUAAUAAUCCACAACAGUCGAUGCCCCUGAACCUAUCGCAAACACACCUCACAGCAGCACAUAUGGGCCAACACAGUCCAACGAAGAAUACUCUCCUGACUGGCAGUCAUGUCUCCGAUCCAGCGACUGCGGCUGCCGCGAACUCUCUUGCUGCAUACCAGCAACUUAGCUUCCUAAAUUACCUCGAAGAAAAUCUACUCGCUGCUAUGCUGGCUUCUGCAUCGAAUCAACAAGAUACACUAAAAAUUGAACAGCUGUUAAAACAGAAUCCCAACGAGCCAUCAUCAACGUCUGGGACUACUGUCAACAGUUUUGCUGCUGGCCGAAACCCACUUGCGUCUUUGGCAAACAUGACCCACAUGCAAACACACAAUCUCACUUCUCAUUUAGCUGCCGCGAAUGCAUCUGGGAUGCAUUUUAGCCAAAAUGCUAACAAAUUCUGGUCACCAACAUCUUCGGCAACAGUUAGCAAAGCGGCCACAUCUCCAUUGGCGCCUCAGAAGUCUCCAGCGUCAACUGAAGCAGUGAACUCGAAUGAUAACGAAACUCCAUUGAAAUCCGAGUCAGCAACUGACGUUCCUCAAGAUCUCUCACUUCGAGGCUCUAAGUCUGAGCUGGAAAACAAAAUAGCUGAAUCCGGUUUGCCUCCAUUGCCUAAGUUGGAAAUUCCAUCGGAAAUCUCUCAAAAGUCGUCCGAUGGUAAAGAAGCUUUUAACCCUCAAUCCCACAUCUUGUCUGCUGUGAAGCGACCUGGCGCCCCUUUGAUGCCUCCAGCAAGCAUACAUGCUAAAAUGGCCAGUCAAGUGUCUCCAUUUCAUUUUACUCCUCAGAGCAGAGCAUCAGGUCUUGCACCGCCAAUGGGAGCGCACCAUAUGCCAAUAAUGUCAAACAGAUCGCCUCUUGAUCCCGCAACAUCGGCAAUACUCGCUGCUCAGAAGCUGCAACAAAACGCUUUCGGAAACUUGGCAUCUUUCUCCAAUCACGCUCAUCCAGGAUCUUUCAUCCCGCCACCGAAACCAGUUCAGCCAAGUCCAAAUGGUUUCCUUCAUUCUCCCAAUAUGAUGGGAACCCCGAUUCUGAAUAUGAACCCUUUUCAUCAAAGUCAGGUGAACCCAGCGUUUGGAAAAACUUCGUUACCAUCACCUGCUCAGAUGCACUCUAUGUUUCAUCAGAAUCAACUGGAAGCUCAGGCGAAGAACGGCUUUAGAUCUGAAAAAGCUGCUGGCCCAAAUGGAUCUACAACCGGAAGUGGCACUACGGAAGACCAGUCCUGGUGGAGUAUCCGACCUCCUGUUAAGCAGCCAAUCAUGCCAGAUGGAAAGCCUCUGGACCCUCUAACUGCAUCCAUCAUUUUAUCACACCGGCACCCUUUCGAUCAGAGCCUAAACAAGGAUCCACACCUUAUGCAGAUGUUGUACAGCGGUGGACCUCAAGGGGUCAACUCAGCGCCAACCUCAACCGUGUCCACAAGACGCUGCCGACGAUGCAGGUGUCCCAAUUGUGUCAAUGCUAUCAAUUCUAAUAAUCCUAACAAGAGAAAGGAACAUAUCUGUCAUUACGAAGGAUGCGGCAAAGUAUACGGGAAGACUUCACAUCUAAAGGCUCACUUGCGAUGGCAUGCCGGAGAACGACCCUUUGUGUGCAACUGGGUGUUCUGUGCCAAGGCAUUCACUCGAUCUGACGAGCUGCAGCGACAUCUCAGAACGCACACGGGUGAGAAGAAGUUUGUUUGCAACCAUUGUGGCAAGCGAUUCAUGCGAUCCGACCAUCUUUCGAAGCACAUAAAGACUCACUCCAAGCAAAAGAUGAUGAAUGACGGAGAUGAGUCUAAUUUUGGCUCUCAGCGUCUAAGCGUAUCUGAAGAUGGCUCCAAUGGAACAAGAGGUGAUGACUCAGAAAGUAUGGACGCAAUGAGUGGACAUCCAAUGGUGGAUAUGGACGACGAUGAUGAUGACUCGUUUGACUCAUCGGACGACGAAGGCGCUGUCGUCAAUGUCGAUUGAUUUCAUGACUGCCGUGGAACGAUUGUAGCUUCUCGAAAAUGCUAGCUCUUGAAUAUUUUUGCGGACGUUGCCUUUAUCCCUAUCGAUUGAUGUGUCACAAAGAAGAUGAUCAGGAUCACUUGAAUCCAUUUCCAACAAAACUCCUCAAAAUCUUUAUUUUAUACCAGAGCAAUGCAACGUAUCGCUAUAUUUAGAAGCAUUUCUCAGAUUACGCAUAAAACUCAAAUAUAACUGUUCGUUACGAUUUUGAUUUCCGCUGUGCGGUAAGAUUCAUCGUCUUGUGACAAUCUUGGAGAUCUGAUUCCAGAAGUUAAUCUUUAUGUCGGCUGGGGGCUUCUAUAGGUACUUGGAUCUGGGAAAACGCUGACUCAACCCCUUUUCUAAUAUCGAUGCUUACUUGUUCUUCUUUUCUCUGCUGACAUUUUGCUGAUGAAAUGGAUGAAAUUAAUCAUACAGUGACGCUUUAAAUACUCAUUCUCAAUUUUAAUGGCUUUAUCUUGUUGGUGCUAUUUUCAACUCUUUCUAUCUCUCUCGCGGACAUGCAAAUAAAAUUGAAUAUUUAAUUAGCGGCUCUAAUUUGACGUUUUCCAGCUUUACCCAAGUGCAAUAAUAUUGAAAGCUCGUUUCUUUUCGUUUCAGAUCUUGUAGCGUAACAAAAUAAGAAACAAUAAUCUCAGAAUCAGGAGCUUUACCAUUUUUGAAGGGCUAGAAAGAUUAUAGCGUUUGCUGAGAAGUUGAUCCAUAACGGUGGUCUGACUUCAACCUAAUUAUCUGUUAAUAAUGUUGCUAAUACUAAUCCUCCUCUCGUUGGGCUAAAUUAGAAAAGAUCCUAUCUCGCUUUCGUGUCUAUCCGUUAUAUGUAUAUAGUAAUAGUACUACCUACCUUUCUUUUCCCAAUUAAGUUUCAUCAUUCCUUAAA